AUGGCGUUGGCGAGUUCGAAAACGGGCGGUCCUGUGUGUAACGGACAUUCGGAGUUGUUCCUCGGCUGUUCUUGCGUAGGUCGCUCGUCUGUGCCGCUGAAUGUGCGUGGUGCUCCGGUGUGAAGACGUAGUCGAUCUUCGCUGUGCGUGUUCGCUUCUCCGAGGUGAAUCGUGAAUGCAUUUCGACGAGUGACCGGAGAUGGCUGACCGUGUUGGCGACGAGAACGCCGAGCCCGAUGUCACCGAAACAAGGCUACCGCGGCGUUCAUCGAUUCUCAAGCCUGUUAGGCCAGUCCUCGAGAGCGUUGAAAAUGCCACCGAAGAUCUCACCGAGCGGCGCCGACUGUCCAAGCGCGUCAGCUUUUCGGACACCCACCAGAUAAAGUUGUUCAAGUGUGAAAUUUCGGAUGAACAUUCCUCUGGUGGUGAGAGCGCAUCACAAGCUGGCUUGGUGUUCCUGCCUGGUAACACAACUCAAUCGGACCAUGCUGUGGAAGACCCAGUGGGCGAAGCGGUCCAACUGCUGCAGUUCCACCACACUCCCCUCGAGCAGAGCUUCUACCUCGCAGCCAAUGAAGGCAGUGGCAACACCGAAGCUGCAUCACCCACGAAGACGACAUCAGUUUUAAUGGAGGAAGCACACUCUUGCCUCGUGUUCACUCAACAUGGGAACAUCAGUGAGGCCCUGAUGUAUCCAGCUACCAGCCUUUCUUGGACGGGACGCUCGGGCAUAGUACCAUGGACAUCACCUGCGGUGGCACCGUCAACCAGACUGUCGCGGAAGCCACAAAGACGAUGCUUGACAAUAAGACGAUGGAAACGACUUCCAUCGAAACCACCAGUCACAACCAGUCUGCUUUGGCAUCGUUCAAGACGACGCUUGGCGACCGAAGCAUGGACAUGACUCGCGUUUGCGGCACCUCUGUGCUCGAACAGACGAUCACGAGCAUGCAUCGAACCCACGUCAUUUCAGACACUGGGAUGGACGUCACUGUUGGGCCACAGGACACGGUCACUGGUGGCGAUGCCACGGUUCGGCUGCAGCAGACUAUGAACAUGACUUGCCCAGUUGGUUCCACGAGUUUCGCAACAGGUGCUUCUGAUGAGGUGGAUGCUGGUGUCGUUCCCAGUGGGGAGGCUGCAAAAGGCAACUGCGCUAUUGCAAGUCCGUCGGGUAUGUUUGACAUUGCUGCCUUUGUGGCGUCUAACCGCAAACACGACUGUGCCGAGUUCUUGGGCAGCAAGCCGGGUGAGUUAGAAUCGGGGCGCACAGACACGAGCCCAGCCACAGCAGCACAGAAGAUAGAGCCAUUCAAUCUCGCUGCUUUUGUUUCACUGAACCGCCGCAACGAUCCAUCAGAGAUAAUAGGCAAGGCUGCCAAAUGCAUCUUGGAACCGGCUUCUACACAGCCUGCUCCAGUUCCAUGGGAAACAAGUCUAUCCGACCAAGGCAACGUGGACAUGAAAGGUGCGAUGAAAGAAAUUGACACUCCAGGGGUUGUUUGCACUAACGGCAACCUCACAAGCGCUAUUGGGCAAUUCGACAUUGCUGCCUUCGUGGCUACGAACCGUCGCAACGAUGCGUGUAUGCUAAUGGGAGGGCAUGCUGAAUCCACUGGAAUGGCACCGAUGCUGCCCAGCCCACGUGCCCCUGCUUUUCACAGUGCAACUAGUUUCAGAGCAGGCUACAAGAGUGCCCAGAAGUUCACAAGAGAGGCGGACAACACACAUCUUUCGUCUAUGGAAACUUCAGCAACGACAGAUUAUCGGGCAGUCACGAUGAAUGUAACCGAUCUCGACAUGACAACAGGGCCAGAAGCGGAUCUUGGAACUGAAAGUAGUGAGCCAGCAUUGACUCUCCAGAAUCGCACUAUCAUGACCGAUGUCAUGAGUAUGACUUGUGCAGGCUUUCCUGGACCGGAGGCUACUCUGAAUGAUGUGAGGGAGUCCUGACAAUGUACAUCUUUCACCUAUGGAAACAUCGUUGGCAACAGAUUAUCGGGUUGUCACCAUGAAUGUAACUGGUCUCGACAUUACCCCAGAGCCAGCCAUUCACACUGGAACUGAAAGUAGUGUGCCAGCUGUGACACUCCAGAACCGCACAGUCAUGACCGAUGUCAUGAACAUGACCUGUGCAGACUUACUUGGAUCGGAGGGCAUCCAGAAUGUUGCGAGAGAGAAUAACAGCACGCGUCUAUCGCCCGUGCAAACUUCAGUGGCGACUGCUUGUCAGGUGGUCACCAUGAAUGUAACUGGUCUCAAUACGACCACAGGGCUGACUGUGGGCGCUGAAACUUCACCAAUUGCAACACUGCAGGAUCGCACACUCAUGGCCGAUGUCAUGAGCAUGACCUGUGCAGACUUACUUGGAUCUGAGGGCAUCCAGAAUGCUACGAGAAAGUCUAACAGCAUGUGUCUUUCGCCAGUUCAAGCUUCACUGGCGACUGAUUAUCAGGUGGUCACUACAAAUGUAACUGGUCUCAGUACGACCACAGGGCUGACGGUGGGCACUGACACUGCGCCAAUCGCAACACUGCAGGAUCGCACAGUCAUGACCAAUGUCAUGAAUAUAACCUGUGAUGACUUGCUUGGCUUGGAAGAGCCAUCUCGUGAGAAUCAUCCAUGUGCUAAGCCGGCAGAGAGUACGCUGCAUUAUAGAGACGGUGAUUUGUCUGCAGCAAUGAAUAUUACUUGUCCAAACACUAUGGAGUGUCCUUUGAUUGACGAAGGCACGACUGGCCCGAGCACUGAGCUAAAUGAGCAAGUAUAUGUGUCACCAGGAGUUGUCGAAAAGAGUCAUUAUGUCACUGGCGAGCAUAGUCUGAACCAGGCGGACAGUCAAGGGGAGGAACUGAGCGUCGCGGCUCACAGUCAUGUCGAAUCCAACAGAGAUUAUGUUAAUGAUGCUUCGGAGUACAUGAGGUUAGACCCGCGUUUGUCUAUGAUUUCACUCAAUGCAACAGCCAGAGAUAAAAGUGGUGCAGAUUUUUCUCGCAGCAUGCCUUUUUUGCACACGCCUGCCAGUUUUGCAGCAUCUUUGGAUGACUCGAGCGAAGCGGUGCCCCAAGAUCUGCCCGUUUUGUGUGACGUGACCGCUCCUUCAUUGCUGAAAGCCACACCCGAGGACAAACCGGCUGGCAACAUUCGCAGUGUGGAACGGUCCACAUCCCCCACAACACCCCCGAAAGGGAAGUCUCACACGAGCGUAAAGGACUCUGCAAGGAAGCAGUUUAGCGUUCAAGCAUCGCCUGCCGACGUCCUGAAAGGCAAAGACAGUGUUGCUUACCAGCUUUUAGCGAGCCCUGCCGCUAAACGAAGCCUUCAAUCGGUUGGCCCGACACUAAGGGCAACUGUUCGCUCCACCGUCAAUCAAGAAACAAAAUGCCACUUUGAAGGUGGAUCUUACUGCUCCGGCUAACAUGUUCAACUCGUUGACAGACUCUACUGUAAACGUCUCCAAUGUGUCGGCUCUGCUGGAAAUGCCUACGGGAUAUGUCAGCUCGCUGACACUCUUGGAUGACGUGUUCUCACCAGAAAUGGUUGGCAAGGGAAACACAGAUGCACGGAACGAGAGUGCAUGCGGGUCUAAAAGUCUGACCAAAGCAAGGCAGCAGAUGGGAAGUGUCAGUCAUUCUCGUCUCGUGUGCAAUCAAGGCCAGAGCAUAACUGUUAGCAGCGAAGUCAGAGCGAACCUCGACAAGACCAUCGCACAGGAGGCUGCAGAUGCCCGACAAGACCAAGCUGUUGCUAGCCAUUCCUCGAAGAAAAGCUCGCUUGCGGCAGUUUCGAGUGCCAGCAUCACCAAGUUUAACCGUGAGUCUCUUUCGAAGAGCCUUAGCACUACUCGCAGGAAAAGACCAAUGGGAACGUUGGAAACAGUAGUAGGCCAUUGCCCACAAAGUGAAGUGACAACCUCUUCACCUGGAAUCAGUUCUAGGGCUGCCUCUGCUGCUGAUGCCCAGUGUGUUGGGGCAAGCUUGUUAGCAUGCAAGAACGAUGAGUCCGUACCAAAAGGGCAACGCUCAUGGCUAGUGAUGUAGCCAUAAGAGAUAAUUCAACGUUGGUGGCUGCUGAUGUAUCUGUACAAGAAAGGGUGACAUUGGUAGCUGGCGAUGCAUCUGCACGCAAGAGUGGGACGCAUAUCGUGAAUGAUGCACCCAUACGAAAGAGUGCAACGUUUGUUGUUAGUAGAGCACCCACACGAAAGAGCUCUACAUUUUUGGCAACUUCUGGUAACGGCGCUAGGCCCAGUGCCACAUUUGCUGUCUCUCCUCCAGACUACAGCAUUGUUCAGAUCAA